AUGGCGACCAGCUUUCCACGGUCCAAGCGGCCAACGGACCCAGACGGGCUGGUGAUUGAGGCCUGGGGGCAGGGGUUCAUGGUUGGCGCCCUGAUAAUCAUGUUGGCUAUCACCCUGGCUAACAUGAAAAGACAUGUCUUGCUUCAUAAAUUGAUUGUAGUUGAGCUCCUCCUGGCCGUUUGCCACGGUACAUUCAUCUUCCUACACCCACCAGCAUAUAGCUGGUACCUAUCGUUCACUGCCAUCGGCCUCAACAUCUCAUGGACCCUACACAACGUGAUCGCGUGGAUGAAGAACCGGCAUUUUCUGCGUCCAUGGGUGUCCCGGUUUUACUUAGCCACCGUCUGUCUGGUCCAGCCGUAUUGGGUGCUGGAGAUCUACGCAAACUUUGUCUAUUUCCAUAACCAGGAUUCCCUUUUCCUGCGAACGCGGCCCCUGGAGCCGUUGUUUCGCGAUCCGUGGUGGAUCUUCACAACGUGUUCUCUGAUCUACGAGAUCAGGCGGGGUUAUAACUUUCAAAUCUGGGAGCUAAUAACCGUCAGUCCCCGAUUUGGACUCGUGCUACUCUCCAUGUGUCUGUCUAUCGUCUUUACUAUUGUGGACAUCUACAGUGUGAUCAGGCCUUUGCGCCCCGGCCUCCCUACUGGUGUUGAACCUUUCUGGAAGCUUGCUUUUGUCUUUAAAUGUCUCUGUGAUACAAUCAUUCUGGACGAUUUCAAGUCUGCGCUGGACCGGAUUCGAGGCCACUGGUGGCAAGGAAGGACGCAAAUUCAUGACCUCAAUGAGCUUCGAGCAGGUGCGCCCCAGAUUCACGUGUCGCGGACUGUAACCACCAACUGGGAGUGA